AUGGCUUUUUUGGCGGGGAGGUAUAUUUUGGAUGGGCCUUUAGUAAUUAGUGAGAUUAUGUCAUGGGAGAGACGAACCGGUAGAGAUCUAUUUUUGUUUAAAACAGAUUUUGAAAAGGCGUAUGAUAAUGUAAACUGGGAAUUCUUGUUAUCGAUUAUGAGCCAAAUGAGUUUUCCAAAGAGAUGGUGUAAGUGGAUUUAUGGAGUGGUGUCUUCAGCGAGAUCUUCGGUAUUGGUUAACGGGUCUCCUACGUUCGAGUUUGAUUAUAGCAAAGUAAAAAUUGGUGCUUUUGAUGGUGUGAUUCUUCCGAAUGGAGGUCCGAAAUUAAGUCAUCUUCUAUAUGCGGAUGAUGCUAUUAUAUUGGGAGAAUAG